AUGCGAGACAACAAAGGCUCCACCCCCGGCGACAAGCUCGACAUCAGAACCACUCCACCCAGCAUCAAGCGUUCAAGGGACUGGCAGCAGGCGAUCGCCUUCUGUGCGAAGGUUGCACCGUCCGCACACGUCCCCUACCGCAUGACCGCGCCGCCAAAGUACGUAGCGGCGAUGACGGUGGCCCACGUUUUGCUUCCACCGGGCUCCGUCAAACGGGGCAUUUUCAAGGUGAAGCCGUACUUCUUCACCUCCUUCUCGUACGAGGCAAGGGACGACGGGAAGUGCAGCAGCUGCGGGGCUCUCCUAACGGAGACAACGACGUGCACUCGCGAGGAACUCGUCAAGGCAUUCACAACCCUCGAGGCCGACCUGGAAGCACUAGUAACGGCCGCAGCUGGGCUGGACGCCCUCGCCUUACUGCCCUUCACGGGCGACGCGGUCGCCUCCGGCCCCAUGAUCCGGUUCGAGCCCAGCACGCGACCCCGCAUCCUCGCCCUGCAAGCGCGCGCUGAGGAGGCCGCACAGCGCAUGCGCUGGGGCAUCAAGUAUUUUGCGCGCUAUCUCGCCUACCUGAGCCGGAAGGAGGAGGACGACUUGCACCCCGGCUUCUGGGUUGCUUAUCCCGGCAAACUCGACGCUGAGACGGUGCGCUUCCCCCCCGAGCCGUUGGGAUGGCGCUCCAUCCCCGUCCUCGACGACUAUGCCUUCCGCGCCGCUAGGAUUGUGAAUGCUUCUCCUGAAAGUCCCAGGGAAGUUACGGAGCUCCGUAUGGAGAUUGUCGCGUUUGCGAUGGAGAUGGUGACGGGCAAAGGGUAUGAGGCGGGGGUGGUUUGGGAGUUUCUUCCGCGUCACGGGCUGUCACAUGAGGAUGAUGGACCGGAGGCGCUCAUGGACGCACCACCCCCUUACUCUUCGUAA